CUCCAGCGGUUCUGAGGAAAGACCGGCGGCGGGACCAGAAGCCGCGCGGCUAACGCUGGCCGUCGUUCGGCAGAAGGCGAAGCCUUUCCGGCGCGUCCCGGGAAAUCCCGCUCAUCUGUGCGCCGCUUGUCAGGAGCGCGUUUUCUUUUCACUCCUUUCGGAAGUUUUUGGCGGCGGCGGCGGCGGCGGCGGGAGGAUGCUGGAGAGCGGCGGCAAGCCGGUGAAAGAGGGCGUGCUGGAGAAACGCAGCGACGGCUUGCUGCAGCUCUGGAAGAAGAAGCGUUGCAUCCUCACCGAGGAAGGGCUUCUGCUUAUCCCGCCCAAGCAGGAGCCGCCGGCGGUGGCGGCGGCGACUUCUUCUCCUGCCAACGGAGAGAGGGCGGUGGCCGCCGCCAAGAUCAAGCAGUUGCCCUUCUCCACCAUGAAGACGGUGGACUGCGUGGAACGGAAGGGCAAGUACAUGUAUUUCACGGUAGUGAUGGCCGAGGGGAAGGAGAUCGACUUUCGGUGCCCGCAGGAUCAAGGCUGGAACGCCGAGAUCACGCUGCAACUCGUGCAGUACAAAAACCGGCAGGCCAUCCUGGCGGUCAGGUCGACCCGGCAGAAGCAGCAACACCUCCUCGUCCAGCAGCUCGGACCCCGCCUCCGGAGCGCCUCCAACUCCGCUUAGACGGGCCGCCCCGACAGAUCAAAUUCAAGAGGCGCUUCUGGAAGUAAGAGGAACAGUGAUCAAAGGCUGGCCAAGUAGAGGAGGACGAGUACAAGAGCAUCAGUUCAGCCCCUGGAUUUUGUCCAGUUUUGACAUCAUCUGUGGUUGCUUUAGAGAAGUACUUCAGCUGUUCUGGGUUUGGGCUACUGCUUAAACUUAGGAAAGGCAUAUUUGACCUCAAAAGACAUAUCUCGCACUGUCAGUUUUAAAAUUCCACUACAUUUUAUUUGUAUGUAUAUUUAUUAGUGGGGAUAUUAAGUUUUCAGGUUACUUCUGAAUGUAGAUCAUCCAAGUGAUAAUGAGUGUAGAAAAUACUUGCUUUGGUGAAUUGUAUAUGCUGCUGUAGAGGGAGGAAGAAACUGAAGCAAGAAGAAAACAGAAUGAUGAAGAAUUUACCAAGAUACAAACUUUUCAUAUAGCUUUUACAUACUGCUUUGCAACAGUUUUCAUCUCAAAACGUGGAAGGCUGUUAUGAAAUGAAUGUAUGAAAUGUAUCUUGCUAUAUUGAAGCAUUGUACUAAUAUUCUAAAUAAUGAGAAUAACCCACUCCAAAGAAAGCAGUGGCUUUGAAUUAAAGUUCUGGAUUGUUUUGUUUAUUCAACACUUAAUUGAAUAUUCUGGUUGUCCUGGGAUAUUUGGAAUCUUAAUAUAACAGAAGAGUUCUAAAACCCUUUUAAGAAUCAAAGCCCUUGAGCUAUUCAUUUACAAUAUAAUAUUUCCUAAUUACUAAUUACUAAAGUAAUAUAUGCUAUGCUUUUCAAUCUGGAUGUUCUGUUUUGAAGGAUGUGUAAUCUUCCAGAUCUAUUUUGUUUUUCAUGAAAUAAAAUUCUAUAUGAUCUACUUAAAGUCAAAUUAGACACAGCACGGUGUCUAAAUAUUGAAAUAUUAAACAUUUGUGUGCAGUUCUAUACAUUCUUAUCCUGAUAAACUAUGGAAGGUCUCUAUAAAGUUUCAGUUCUUACUCUAGCCCUACAGAAAUGACAAAGUAUUAGCUUCUACACUUCUCCAGUUGAGAAUGUAGCUAAUGGGCAAUUCAAAAAGCUCACUUGUACAAAAAUACCAGGUAUAAGAAUUGCAACUAUAGUCAUUCUGAUAGGUGCAAUCUUAUAUUUGGGGAAAAUGUGACCAAAUUAUGACAAGCGGGCUAUCAUAAGUAGAUAUUUCAAUACUUAUAUUUAAGAUUUGAAAUUAACAUAGAUGGGAAGGACAAUAGUAUUUCUGGCUUCCUUCUGUCUUAUCAAUGAAAGAAUAUCUUUUCCAUCCCUGAGUAUGUUUUAGAAGGUUUUGGACUAAAGUAUUAAAUAUAUAUUGAGUGUAUUGUGAUUGGUUUAAGCACUUGCACUUCAAUAUUUAAGUAUACAAAAAUAAGAGUUUAUCUCCAACUUCUUAGUUUAUUACAGUCCAGAGGAAAAACUCUAUAUCAAGUCAUAUUUGAUAAUGGGGAUAUCUACUGAAGUGAUAACAACAUAUCACAUAAUGCUCCGCAAAUCUGCAGUGUUUUAUUUUUCAGACUGAAAUGGCCACAGUAGUAAGAAAAAUUAUCCUUAGUUUUCUUAAUUGGAAUCUAGUCUAGGUGAUAUCUUUCAAUUGAGUGUAGUAGAAAUUACUACUUAGUUAUUUUAUAAUCAUGGCACCUGAGAUAAAAGGUGCAGCUGAACUUAAAAAGUAAUUAAGGGACUGAGAAGAAUUUAUCAUCAUUUUGUAGGCCUGUGUGUGUAUCUGUUUCUGUAUAUCUAAAAUAGAGUUAGUCUUUGACUUACAGCCAUAACAGAGACUGCCCAUUACAGUUGCUGUCUGACAAAGUGAUGGUCAUUAAGCGAGACAUCCUGUUUCCUGUUUUUUGAGGUACUUCUUUGCUUUUUUUCAAUCUUACGGGAUUCUAAGAAUAAAGUACAUAAAAUAGCUUCCUUUAUCUCCUCCAACAUAGGAUACUUCAUUAUCAAUUUUGUUCAAAAGUACAAUAGGUUUUUUAAAAAGAGCCCUCUCCUAGAUGUUGCAGUUCCAACACAGUAAAUUUAAUCUGCAAUCCUACAACACUUUGAAAGCAGUAGACGUUACCUCUAGGCUCUACAAACUUUGAAAAUGUUUCAUAAGUACUUUGGAUCUUGUGUGAACAUUUUUCUGCUGUUCAUUAAAGUCGUCAUUGUCUUUUCAUGCUAUCAUGCUGUUUUAACAGCUGCUUUAAUAAGUUGACUCCUUAAAGCAUCUGCAUCUUUUUUCAGUCUUACAUGGAUGUCUAAAAAAGAUAUGGCAUUAGUAGCAGAGAGACAAUG